CCUCAAUCGUCUUCCGAACCAUCCCAUCUCAACCCUCCGAUUCUCGAUCGACGCCUCUCAACAGUCCACGUGUACUUCCUCGGACCGCCUCUCCCGCUCCCCGCUUUAUAGUCCUCUUAUUUUAACUCCACUCACAGGAGCUCCCACCCUCCGUUAAUGGCGAGAGGGAGCUCCCCGUGAUCGCGUCGUGGAACCCUAGUAGGAGAUGGGCUCGUUGGAGACCGGGUUGCCCCCGCUGAAGAGGGCGCCGCUGCUCCGUCGCUCGCCAUCGUCGGCGGCGGCGGCGGCGUCGGCGGCGGCGGCGGGGAUCCGCCCGUUCCUUCUCCGGCCGAGAUCGAGGCUUGCGCGCUUCCUCCUCUUCGAGAAGGUUGACUACCUCCAGUGGAUCUACACCGUCGCCGCGUUCUUCUUCGUCGUCGUGCUGUUCCAGGCGUUCUUACCUGGAUCCGUGGUGGAGCGAUCGGGGGACGCGGUGGAGCGAGGGGGAUCGAUCGAGUCGGGGAUGGGGGAGGUCCUGGGGGAGUUCAAGGGGUUGGAGUUCGGGGAGGGGAUCAGGUUCGUGCCCUCGAAGCUUCUGGAGCGGUGGGAGAAGGAUAGGAGGGAGUGGAAUUCGAGCAUGGCUGUGCUGGGCCGCACCGUGGCGAGGGUCGGUCUCCGGAAGCCGCGGCUCGCGAUGGUGGUAGCGGAUCUGUCGCCUGAUGCUAUUCAGUUGCAGAUGCUUAGCGUUGCAGCUGCAUUGAAGGAGAUUGGAUAUGAAAUUCAGGUUUUCUCAUUACAAGAUGGUCCUGUUAAUGGAAUUUGGAGAUCAUUAAGGAUACCUGUUGACAUCGUGCCGCUAAGCACGAAAUGUGAAAUAACUGUAGAUUGGCUGGACUAUACUGGCGUACUUGUAAGUUCUCUUGAGGCAAGACCUAUACUUUCAUGUCUCUUGCAGGAGCCUUUCAAAUCAAUACCCGUCAUAUGGACGAUACAUGAAAGGUCCCUAGCUCUUCGCCUACAUCAAUAUAAUACGAGCGGCUGGGAUCAGCUUAUCAAUGACUGGACACGUGCAUUUAACAGAGCUACUGUUAUAGUUUUUCCAAACUACAUAUUGCCUAUGAUGUAUUCUGCUUUUGAUGCGGGCAACUAUUUCGUCAUUCCUGGUUCGCCAGCUGAAGCAUUGGGAGCGGAUACUUUUUUGGCCUUGCAAAAUGGCCAUGAAAUGAGAGGCAGUUUGGGUUUUGGAGCAGAUGAUUUUCUGGUUGCAAUUGUAGGCAGUCGAUUCUCAUAUAGUGGUAUGUGGAUUGAACGUGCGCUUAUCUUGAAAGCAUUAGCACCAUUACUUCAACAGUUCCUGUCUGUGAAUAUGCAUUCUCGGCUAAAAAUUGGAAUCUUGAGUGACAAUUCGUCUACUGCAUAUGAAACGUCUAUUGAGACUUUUGCCUUCCAAGUUGGCUACCCAAAGGGAAUUAUCAGCCAAAUUACUGAUGACGAAGGCAUGAACAAUUUCCUCGGAAUUGCAGAUCUCGUGAUUUACGGAUCUUUUCUUGAGGAGCAAUCCUUCCCUACCAUAUUGAUGCAAGCUAUGAGUCUUGGGAAACUAAUAGUGGCUCCUGAUCUCAGCAUGAUUAAAAAAUAUGUUGAUGAUAGGGUAAAUGGAUAUCUUUUCCCAAAGGAGAAUGUUGGCAUGCUGACCCAGGCUCUUCUCCAAGCAGUAUCAAAUGGAAAAUUAUCUCUAUUUGCUCAAAGAGUUGCUUCGAUUGGCAAAGCACAUGCUAGAAACCUAUUAGCUUCCGAAAGUAUUGAAGGCUAUGCGGUAGUACUGGAAAAUGUAAUAAAAUUACCAUCAGAAUUUGCAUCUCCAAGGACUUUCAAGGAGAUUCCAUCAGGGUUAAAAGAACAAUGGCAGUGGAAUCUGUUUGAGAAUAUUACUGACAUAGAACGUCUUAACAGUAGUUUUAGUAGCUAUAGAAUUUUAGAUAGGCUUGAGGAGUUGUUACGUAGUCAAAUGAACAAUUCUGCAAAUACUACAUCAAAUCUUGAUGAAGCUUUCUCCUCGAUGGCAUGGGAGGAAGCAAAGAAAAUUGAAAUGGCAAAUGCUAGAAGGAGAGUAGAAGAAGAGGAGCUGAAAGACAGGAGUGAGCAACCUCAUGGAACUUGGGAGGAUGUCUAUCGCAAUGUCAAAAAGGCUGAUCGGGCUAGGAAUGAAUUGCAUGAAAGAGAUGAUAGAGAGCUUGAGCGGACAGGUCAGCCUUUAUGUAUAUACGAGCCUUAUUUUGGGGAAGGAACUUGGCCCUUUCUCCAUCAAACAUCACUCUAUCGUGGCAUUGGCCUAACUUUUAGAGGUCGAAGACCUGGGUUUGAUGAUAUUGACGCUUCUUCUCGCCUCCCACUUCUAACUAAUGCAUACUAUCGAGACGUUCUUGGUGAAUACGGAGCCUUCUUUGCUUUGGCUAAUCGGAUUGAUCGGGUCCACAAAAAUGCGUGGAUUGGCUUUCAAUCUUGGAGGGCAUCUGCCAGAAAGGCUGCAUUAUCUAAGAAAGCUGAAACUGCAAUAUUAGAAGCAAUCCAAGCUCGAAGACAUGGGGAUGCCCUUUACUUUUGGGUUCGAAUGGACCAAGAUCCAAGAAAUCCUGUGCAACUAGAUUUUUGGUCCUUUUGUGAUGCGAUAAAUUCCGGAAACUGCAGGAUCGCUGUGUCUGAGGCUCUUCGAAGAAUGUAUGGUGUACAGGAUGAUUGGAAUUCUUUGCCACAGAUGCCUAGUGAUGGAGACGCUUGGGCUGUUAUGCAGAACUGGGUCUUGCCGACGAGGUCCUUUCUUGAGUUCGUCAUGUUUUCAAGAAUGUUCGUAGAUGCUCUGGAUGCAGAGAUGUACGAUGAGCAUCAUCGCAGUGGGCUUUGCUACUUAAGCGCAUUUAAGGAUCGGCACUGCUACUCCCGCGUUCUUGAGCUACUGGUCAAUGUGUGGGCUUAUCACAGCGCGCGACGCAUGAUAUACGUGAACCCCGAAACAGGAGCAAUGCAAGAACAGCACAAGCUUAAGAGCCGAAGAGGUCAGAUGUGGAUCAAAUGGUUCUCCAAUUCUAUGCUAAAAAGCAUGGACGAAGAUCUCGCCGAAGAAUCGGAUGCUGAUGCCACCAACCGGCGGUGGCUUUGGCCGGAUACUGGUGAAGUCUUUUGGCAGGGUGUGUAUGAGAGAGAGAGAAACAUGCGGCAACAGCAGAAGGAGAGAAGGAAGCAGCAGAGCAAGGAUAAGAUACGCAGGAUAAAGAAGCGGGCGCGACAAAAGACGCUUGGAAAGUACAUUAAGCCACUCUCUGAGGAUAUGGGUGGUGGCGCGAACAAUACAAAAACUAGUUGAUUUUAUUUCUUCUGCCAUCCUGAUCAUUUGAUUAUUCUUUUGUUUCACAUUUUUUGCCUUUCUCUUUUUUUUUUUUCUUGGUUUUUUCUUAUUUUAUUUUUCUCAAUCUCAUUAUUGCAGGAUGCACAAAUGUGAUUAGUUUUGUGCUUCACUUUUAACCAUCAGCUGUUUUUUAGUCUUUGCAGCGUUGUAUCAUUGUUAACAAAUUUUGGAACAGUUCCAUAGGCAAUUAAAGGUGUACAUCUUACCACA